AUGUUCAAAUAUGGAUUUCACCAAAUGCUGGCCGAGAAGACCGAGAGGAUUGAAACAACAAGUGUACAUCACCAAGACAACCCAGCACCUGACUUCAAGACAACAUGUGCACAUCACCAAGACAUCCCAGUACCUGACUACAAGACAACACGUGGACAUCACCAAGACAUCCCAGCACCUGACUACAAGAUAACACGUGGACAUCCCCAAGACAUCCCAGCGCCUGACUACAAGAUAACACGUGGACAUCACCAAGACAACCCAACAACAAGUGUACAUCACCAAGACAUCCCAGCGCCUAAAAACAAGACAACAUGUGCACAUCACCAAGACAACCCAGCACCUGACUACAAGACAACACGUGAACAUCACCAAGACAUCCCAGCAUCUGACUACAAGACAACCCAGCACCUGACUACAAAACAACACGUGUACAUCAUCAAGACAACCCAGCACCUGACUACAAAACAACACGUGGACAUCACCAAGACAUCCCAGUACCUGACUACAAGACAACACCUGAACAUCACCAAGACAUCCCAGCACCUGACUACAAGACAACACGUUGACAUCACCAAGACAUCCCAGCACCUGACUACAAGACAACACGUGCACAUCACCAAGACAACCCAGCAACUGGCUUCAAGACUACACGUCCUCAUAGCAUCCCAGCGCCUAAAAACAAGACAACAUGUGCACAUCACCAAGACAACCCAGCACCUGACUACAAGACAACACGUGAACAUCACCAAGACAUCCCAGCACCUGACUACAAGACAACCCAGCACCUGA